CCAAUCGACACAGCAGCGGCAGGCAGCGAGACACACACACAGAGCCCAGCUCCCGCUUCGCUCUCCGCCUCCCCUCCCCGACAGCAGCGGCGGGGCUGGCCGGGCCCUGGAACGUGCGGAGCCCCCUCCCCUGCCGCCGCCGCGCGCACCCCGAGGCGCCAGGGACGGGCACUUGCUCCUGGGCUGCCCCUGCUGCCUGCCUCCUCCUCCCCCCCGCCCAGCCCUGGCCGCCGGCUGCUGCAGCCGCACCGCCCCAGGUCCCCGCUGCUCCCGCGUGUCCCUCCCCGGCCGCUGGAUAGAGACGCAGGCAGCUUCCCUGAGCAGCACCCAGAGCGCUGCUCUCCUCCUGGCAGGAACAUGGCAGAUAAUCUAAGUGAUGCCUUGAAGAAGCUGAAGAUAACAGCCAUUGACAGCACAGCAGAUAGCUUGGAAGGAUGCUUGGAUUGCCUGCUUCAAGCCCUGGCUCAAAACAAUACCGAGACAAGCGAAAAAAUCCAAAAAAGUGGGAUUCUUCAGGUGUUUGCAAGUCUGUUGACUCCACAGUCUUCCUGCACGGCAAAAGUAGCUAACAUCAUAGCAGAAGUAGCCAAAAAUGAAUUUAUGCGGAACUCAUGUGUGGAUGCUGGGUUGAUCCCUCCACUGGUGCAGCUCUUAAACUGCAAAGACCAGGAAGUGUUGCUUCAGACAGGUCGUGCCCUCGGCAAUAUAUGCUAUGAUAGCCAUGAGGGCAGGAGUGCAGUUGACCAUGCAGGUGGUGCACAGAUUGUAGUAGACCAUUUAAGGUCACUGUGCAGUAAAACAGAUCCAGCCAAUGAGAAGCUCUUGACUGUCUUUUGUGGCAUGCUGAUGAACUAUAGCAAUGAGAAUGAAACUGUAACUAUACAAGGAAUGAAGGGGAGAUCGAUGGUAUCAUUAUUAUGGCCUAAUAGUAAUCAAUAUUCGAAUACCCUGCAAUCUCAGCUUAUCAAUAUGGGCGUUAUCCCUACAUUAGUGAAAUUGUUGGGCAUUCAUUGCCAAAAUGCAGCUCUGACUGAAAUGUGCCUUGUUGCAUUUGGCAAUUUAGCAGAACUUGAAUCAAGCAAAGAGCAGUUUGCCUACACAAACAUUGCCGAAGAGAUUGUAAAACUAUUCAAGAAACAAAUCGAACAUGACAAAAAAGAGAUGAUUUUUGAAGUUUUGGCUCCUCUGGCAGAAAAUGAUAUCAUUAAACUGCAGCUGGUUGAAGCGGGCCUGGUCGAGUGUCUACUUGAGAUUGUCCAGAAGACUGUAGACAGUGACAAAGAGGAUGACAUAGCUGAACUUAAAACAGCCUCUGAUCUUAUGGUUUUACUACUACUCGGAGAUGAAUCCAUGCAAAAGUUAUUUGAAGGAGGAAAAGGCAGCGUCUUCCAAAGGGUGCUUUCAUGGAUUCCUUCCAAUAACCAUCAGUUGCAGCUUGCAGGAGCACUGGCUAUUGCAAAUUUUGCAAGAAAUGAUGGAAACUGCAUCCAUAUGGUGGAUAAUGGGAUAGUUCAAAAGCUGAUGGAUCUACUAGACAGACAUGUGGAAGAUGGAAAUGUAACGGUGCAGCAUGCAGCACUGAGUGCACUCAGAAACUUGGCUAUUCCUGUUGUAAAUAAGGCUAAGAUGCUAUCAGCUGGCGUUGCAGAAGCGGUACUGAAAUUUCUCAGAUCGGAGAUGCCCCCUGUUCAAUUCAAGCUGCUGGGAACGUUAAGAAUGUUAAUAGAUGCACAAGCAGAAGCUGCUGAACAGCUGGGAAAGAAUGUGAAAUUGGUUGAACGGUUGGUGGAAUGGUGUGAAGCCAAGGAUCAUGCAGGUGUGAUGGGGGAGUCAAACAGACUGCUUUCUGCACUUAUACGACAUAGCAAAUCAAAAGAUGUAAUUAGGACCAUUGUUCAGAGCGGUGGCAUCAAGCAUUUAGCUACCAUGGCAACUAGUGAACAUGUAAUAAUGCAAAACGAAGCUCUUGUUGCUCUGGCACUAAUAGCAGCAUUAGAAUUAGUCACUGCUGAGAAGGAUCUCGAAAAUGCUAAACUAGUCCAGAUUCUACACAGACUGCUCUCAGAUGAGAGGAGUGCUCCAGAAAUCAAAUACAACUCCAUGGUUUUGAUCUGUGCUCUCAUGGGAUCUGAACCCCUUCACAAGGAAGUGCAGAACCUGGCAUUUCUAGAAGUUGUAUCAAAACUCCGCAGCCAUGAGAACAAAACUGUUGCCCAGCAGGCCUCACUAACAGAGCAGAGACUCGCAGUAGAAAGCUGAGGAAGGUCUCCAGUUUCCAUACAGCAUCCCAUCAUGGAUUUCACCUUUGUCCUCUGUCCUGCUGCCGCUCCUGCUAUGUUUUCCACUGUAUCACUUGUGCAUGCAUGUAAUGUUCCCACACAAAUUGAUGAACUGCUGUAGGUACCUGUCCAAUAAGGUUUCUAAAAUCCAUAGGUGGUGUUAACAGAAAUCUGUCAGAAACAAGUCUGCACCCAUAAAUGUUCUACUUGUAUUCUUGUUGCUUGGGCCACACAGUAGAAUGUGCAUGUUGUAGUCCUAUGAUGAUGUAAAAGUGGUACUACAUGAUGACUCUUUCCUCACACCCCUAACUGCAUAAUAACGUACUGCUAAAUUAGGGACAAUACAGGAGGCAGCACGUCCAAGCUAGAGUAUUGAUUAUAGGAUUAAAUAGUAAAUCUAGCUCCAUUUUUGGUGCUUUGGAAACACAGGUAUGAAUGGAAUGUAUUGCUGCUCAUUCACUGGUCUUGCCUAGUAAUGUCAAACUCACGGUACCUAGAGGUAACAAAUAAAAAUUCCAGUGCUCUCACACUUAA